AUGUCGUUCGCAGGAGGCGGUGGCUUCUCAUUUGGAGGAGCAAAUAAUAACAACAACAACAGCCAAGCCAACAAGACUCCUUUCUCAUUCGGAUCAACACCAAACACGUCUACAAAUAAUGCUGCACAACCUGCUUCUUCAUCUUUCGGCUUUGGAGGUGGAAGUUCAACAAACACAGCUCCACCCGCAGCAGGAAACUCAUCAGGAUUCAGCUUUGGCACAGGCGGUCUAUUUGGAUCGAAUUCAAAUACAAGCACAACACCUGCUGCUAAGCCACCAACGGCUCCAGCAGCCAGUCAAAGUGGCACAGCCAAUAGUACAACACCAGCUGCUGCACCUCCAACCAACUUGUUUGGCACUCCUGCUUCAGGAGGUUCAUUGUUUGGACAACCAAAUAAUGCUGCUGCUACAUCGACAGCUCCAGCUUCAACAAGUACAUCCACACAAUCGACAUCUGCCGCAACUCCAACGCAACCCGCUGCAAGUACAGGUGGAUUCUCGUUCGGUAAGCCAGCUGCUACACCCGCCCAACCAGUGACAACCUCGACACCUGCAUCAUCAGCCCCACCAGCUGCCGCACCUUUGGGAGGCGCUGCAUCGACAGCCGCCACUACUACACCAGCUGCACCUUCUACUGGCGGAUUCUCGUUUGGAGCUCCUAAACCUGCAGGCACCACAGCUCCUGCCAGCACUUCACAGCCAGCAGCUGGAGCACCUGCUCCGGCACCUGCUUCUGGUGGAUUCUCUUUUGGAGCUCCAGCAGCAAGCGGCACAAGUACACCAUCUACCUCUGCUCCUGCUGCUCCCUCAUUGGGAGGUAUUAAAUUCGGCGAGAAUAAAGAUAAAGCAACGACAGAGACCAACAAACCGCCAACACCGGCAGCAGGAGGCUUCUCAUUUGGAAACGCAACUACAUCGACUGCCACCCCAGCAACAGCUGCUGCUGCACCUGCUUCAACAACAAACAGCUUGUUUGGUGCAAAACCUGCCACACCUGCUGCAACUUCUACAACAAGUACCACCACAGCCGCUCCAGCAGCUGGAGCUUCUUUUGGAGGAUUUGGAAAACCUGCUGCACCUGCCGCCCCAAGUGGGACAACGGCAGCACCAGCAGGUACAACGCAGCCUGCAGCAAACACAACAGCAGCUCCAGGUUCCAUUUCCCUUCCACCGCCAAGCCUUUUGCGAGGAAGGAGUAUGGAAGAGAUUGUGAAUAAAUGGACGCAAGAAUUAGAUGAAGCAACGAAAGAGUUUACAAGACAGGCAAAUGAGGUUGCCGUGUGGGAUGGAGUUUUACGUAAAGGUGGGAAUGAAAUUUCACGCUUAUUACAUGCAUUGCAAACGUUAGACUAUGUAGAACAACAACAAGCAGAAUUGAGUGUUGGAGAUUUGUUGGAAAGUGCUGCUGCAGGCGGCAUCACUGCAUUUGGUGGAAGCACUUCACGAUCAAAUUUGGAGACUGGUGCUGCUGAUGCUGAAAGAGAGAGGGCGUACGCGAUGGCAGAGUCACUCAAUGCUCAAUUGGACGAACUUUCGCGUAACCUGUCUUCAAUGAUUGUGGAAGUGAAUAAUCUAACAUCUUCCACAGCUGCAAAUGCUUCACGUCAUAGCGCCGAAGCUGAUCCUACGUCGCUACGUGUGGCAGGCAAAUUCAAUCAAAGCAGCAAAGAUCCAGUUGCCGAUAUCGUUGCAAUUUUGAAUGCACAUUUGGGCAGCUUAAAAUGGAUCGAUUCGAACGCCUCACAGUUACGUGAAAAGGUGGAAAACCUAAGACGUGGUCAAGUCGGUGCAGGAUCAAACGGUGUUGGAUCUUUGAAGAGGAAUGAAGGAAGAGCAAACAGUCCUGCCGCACGUCAUCGUGGUGAAUCUGUUGCUCCUUCCAAUGCCUCUGUACGUGAUAGACAAAGUAGUGUUGGUCCAGAUGCAGUACGUGCAGGUAGCGUUGGACCUGGCUAUGCCCGUGCUGGAAGUUUGGGACGCAGUGCAGGAGCAGGAUGGAGUGAAGCAACUGUUGCUAUGGGAAGUGGAAGCAAUUUGGGACGGUCUCGAGGCUACGGUCUUUGAAGGCAAUUUUGUGGAAAAAUAAUGUACGCAUAAAACACGAAAAAAUUCAUGAUGAUUUCUAUGAUGUUAAAAUGGGUAUAUUGUGAUUGAUAAAACUCU